UAAAUUCAUUCAAACCCUACAGCUGUAUAUAUACCAUGCUCUACAUUCAUUUAAUUUUGGAUCUCUUCUAAGUUAUUCUACCUGCCCUCACGACUCUCACUUUGUUACUUUUUAUUCUAGUCGAAUAUUUUGAUUUUAUUCGGAUUCUUGCGUUUCUUGUACACUCAAAUGGAAGAAAUAGAUAUACCGUCGUAUUUCAUUUGUCCUAUUUCACUACAAAUUAUGAAAGAUCCGGUGACGGCCAUCACCGGCAUAACGUAUGACCGGGAGAGCAUAGAGCAGUGGCUUCUGACGGCUGACGAUGUCGUCUGUCCUGCGACGAAACAGCCAUUGCCGAGAGACUCGGAUUUGACUCCCAACCACACGCUCCGUCGCCUCAUCCAAGCGUGGUGCACAGCCAAUGCUGAUUGCGGUAUUGACCGGAUCCCUACUCCGAAAUCUCCUUUAAGCAUGUCUCAUGUUCUUAAACUACACCGCCAGCUCAACAUUCCGCAGUUGAGUCUAAGCGCUUUGAAAUUGAUCGAUGUUCUUGCGAAUGAGAACGAGAAGAAUCGAAAAUGCAUGGCCGAAGCGGGCACCGCAAAGGCCAUGGUUGCGGUGAUCGUGAAAUGCUUUGAGGAAAGUCGAUUGCUCGGGCUCGAAGAAGCGUUUAGGGUUCUUCAUCUUACAUGGAAGCCGUCUCUCGACAAUAUUCGCGUCGUCAAAGAGAAUUUUGAUCUCAUCGAGUCAAUAUUAUGGAUUCUCCAAGUUGAUCACAAAGAUGAUGAAAUUGAAAUUGAAACCUCCGUGGUGCUCAAACAAUUCGCGGUUUUGGUGCUGAAAACAAUUAUCGACGUCGCGAGUUCGAGUCUACUCGAAAGAUUACAUAAUAACUUCUUCUACGUUACUGUCAAAAUGCUGAGAGACGAUCAUAUAUCCGAGCAAGGAAUAAAGACAAUGCUACAUAUUCUAAUAGAUUUGUGUCCUUGGGGGCGAAACCGAAUCAAGAUCAUAGAAGCGGGUGCUGUUCAUGAGCUAAUCGAGCUCGAGCUAGGGCAGCCGGGAAAACACGUGACGGAGCUUAUAUUUUGCUUAUUGGCUCAUCUUUGUGCUUGUGCUGAUGGCCGGGCUCAGCUGGUGAAGCAUGCGGUAGGUAUUGCAUUGGUAUCUAAGAGGAUUCUGAGGGUUUCUCCGGGGACAGAUGAUAGAGCAGUUCAGGUAUUAGCGUUAAUCGCGCGAUAUUCGGGCACGGAUGAGGUCCUGGGGGAGAUGUUGAUGGUCGGAGGUGUUGCCAAGCUGUGCAUGGUGAUUCAAGCAAGCUGUCAAGAUUAUGUCAAGAGGAAAGCCAGGGAGAUUCUUCGGUUGCAUAACAAUGCUUGGACUAGUUCUCCUUGUAUUGGUGUAUAUCUAUUUACUAAAUUCGCUUAAUUAGUUCUGUUAAUUGCUUGUUAAAUUAAUUAAGCAACUUGAAAUGAUGAUUUGAAACUCUAUAAUGCUCACAAGAACAUUGUUCUGAGAUGUUGCAGAAGGAUAUUUUGAGCAUGUCAUAUAAAAUAAUGGAUUCCUUGUAUUGCAUUCUAUUUUUAAUUAUUCGUGUGACACCAAAAUGAUUAGCAUAUUUAAA